AUAUCCUCCAAGGAUUCUAAUUUGUAAUGCAGAAUUAAAAUCCCUAACAUUAAAAACUUUACGUAUAUGUUUGGAAAUUGAUUUUCAAAAUGAAUGAGCCAUUCAGCUCUAACGCACCGGAACCGAAGCUAGUAGGAGUUUGGACCGAGGGAGCCCGUAUUGAACCGAAAGAAUUCAUAAUUCCAAAGAAUUCACCAGAGUCCAGUGAUGAUAUACCAACUAUACCAGACCUGGAUGACUUGCAGGAUAUUCUGGAAAAGGAGAUAGCCAAACCACCCCCCUUGGACCGCAAAGACAGUGAAACCGUGAACACCCUGGCUGCCGUAGGCGAUGGAUACUCUGGCUCUGCGGAUGGAGUGGAGGCCGCGCUGGCAGCACUGCGCGCGCGUGUACCCGUAGUCCAGUCAGCUCCUGAUGCUGUCUGGACCAUCGACUCACUACUAGCACAAUUGGCUGAGGAGGGGACUGACCAGGAUUAGGAAGUUGAUUGCAAUACUGUUUAUUUAUUCUUUGUCACCAUGGUAUGUCUUCAAGGAAAGAUAAAAAAAACAACAAGUCCCUUGCACACAUGUGGCUAGAAUUGACAUAAUAUAUCGUCGGGUGACAAGCAAAAGUCACUAACUAACACCAUUGAAAUUAUUGAACAAUAAACCGUGUUAGAAAUGUAAUAAAGUGCAUUGUUACUUUAAUUUUUUGAUAGUACUUAGUGACUUUUGCUUGUCACCCGACUAUAUAAUAUGUGACUUAUAGAGCUUUAUCACCUUAUCCUCUGACAUAAGUAUUAUCUGGUAUUAUUUUUAAUGAAAUUACUAUUUAAUUAUGAAAGUAGAAGUUAGUCUCCAACUAGGUUAGUAUUUAAAAUAAUUUUGUGCGGAAAUUGAUAACUCAUAAAACAUAGUACCUAACCUAGGUAUUGGGAGUUCUUUGACGCCGGUAUUUCUAGGAAAUAAAAAAAGUAAUAGUAUUUAGUAUGGUUUAUUUUAUUUGUGAUAGAUAAUUAAUAAUUUUCCGUCCAAUUUGUACAAUUAAACUAGGCUAAGGGAAUGAAUUUAUAAUAAAUUAAUGUUAAAUCUA